AAACCGUCCCAUACGUCAAACCAAACCACACCAAGCGAGCAAGAAGAAAGCGUCCGUCAGUUGCUGUUUGAGUAGGGUUUGUUGUUUACUUGUUUGAUUUGAAAUAUGAAAAUGCAAAUAUACGAAUUUAUCAAACGUUUGUUAAAACUUUAAUAUCUACAUCAAAAGACUUUACAUGUAGUUUGUGAUGUGAGUGUUGUUUUCUGUUUGUGGCGAAUUAAACUGAAUUCGUAACUGGCUUAAAACAUGACGUGCUUCUUAAUAUUGCAAAGUUAUAGUAAGUUUCAAUACUGUCUUAUUGCUCUACAUUCGAAAGGCUUAUGUAAUUUGUUAUUAUAAACAAACGAAGCCACUGUUUACAAAAAAUUUAAAUUCAAGUGGUGUAGUGACUCAGUUGGGAACAGUCAGUGACAACAUGAAUAUUGUGCUCAAAGUGUUCAGGACGAGUUGUGGUUAUUUGUUGAUAGUGUUCCUAAAUAAUUUGCGUUUUAGUACUUGAACGUUGAUCUUAAUUUUUGGUUAGAAUGAGGGAGGACAGGAAGACUAUAAAAUAACCAUCGUGGAGCACUUGGUGGGAGGCGGUGGUGCGGGCGGCUUGCUGCCCGGCGCUUCGCCUGUGCAGCACCCGCCCAGCAUGCUGCAACCCAUGGAGGAGAUGAUCCUCCCACCCAAACGACAAGCUGUUGUGGACCGGCUGAGACGAAGAAUCGAAACUUAUCGUCGUCGUCAGUCAGAGUGCGUCCCGAGGUUCGACCAGUCUUUCACCGGCGCAUGUGAGCAGCAGAACUUGGAGACCAGUGCACUGCAAAAACGAUUUUUGGAAGGGAAAGCUAAGAGGCACGCUAAGAAGAGCGAGCGAAAACCCGACCUGCCGGCCAUUAGUGGCGUCCAUAGCAGUGUUCACGUGCAACAAAAAUUCGGUUGCGGUGACUAUGAGCCUCCAGCUAAAAUACAAUGCACUGGAGGAGCAGGUGGGGGCGGCGCUGGAGAAGCUCUCACCAAAUUCUCAGUGGAGAUCGUCCAGCAGUUGGAAUUUACCACGUCUGCCGCCGACUCCCAUCCUCAGCAAAUUUCCACCAACGUUACUGUGAAAGCCCUAGCGAAUGCAGUGAAAACUUCCAGCUCUCCACCGCCGCAACAACCACCGCCCAGAGCACCUUCUCCCUUGGAUUGUGAAAGAGAAUGCAAAGCCGAAUGCAAAUCAGAAGUAGCCGAUGACGAAUUCGUCGGCCUUGACGAGUGUGCCGCCGCCCUCGAGAGGGACGCAGCAUCCGCUUUUUCGAGCCUUGCCGAUUUGAUCGGCGAAGAUGAAGGUGAUGAUGCCUUCGAGCACUUGAUCACUGAGAUAUCGGGCUACUCGGAGUUUAUGAAGGACUUUGACCUGGAUGGGAGUAAAUUGAACGGCAGUGGCGGGUUGGGGUUGGAGCCUUCAGAGGGUGAGCCGGCACCGAGACCGUACGGAGGCGGAGAGAUGUCCCCGGCGGCGCAGACCCUGAAGCAUAUGGCGGAGCAGCACCAGCAGGCGGCGGGCGGCGACUGGGCGCGCUACCGCGGCUACGCCGGCUACCGCCCGCGGCCCGCGCCGCCGUCCAUCGACCACUUACACAUGUCGCAGCAGCAGCAGUUGCAUUUAUCGCAACCCCACCACAACCUACAGGUGUCAGCGGCUCAACACAUGGCGGUGAGCGGAGCGGCGGGCGGCGGCGGGCACGUGUCAGUGGCGGCGCACCAGGGCAUGUACGCCAGCUUCCAGCACCAGGGCACGCCCUCACCGCAGCAUCAUCAAGGAAACGGUUGCGAUAGUUACUCGAUGUCGCAGUCGCAGAGCAUUAACUUCUCUCAGGGCAUGCGGCCGCGACCGCAGGCCCCGGGCUCCGCCCCGCAGGCGCCGGCCCCUGGCCCCGGUCCCCAGCAGCCGCUCGGCGUCGCAGCAGCGGGCCUUUCGAGGGAGCAGCAAGCGAAAAUGUUGCAACAACAACAACAGCAAAUGUUGCGCGCUCAACAACAACAGAUGCGGCCGCCGCCUCCAGAGUACAAGGCGCGAUUCGUAGGAGGUCCGGGGGGAGUGGUGGGGGGUCCGGGCGGAGUGGUGGGGCCGGGAGUGACGGGGCCUCGUCGCGCUGCACCAGCCCCACCGCGGCCCUUCCCGCCGCACGCGAGGCCGUACUCGCCCGAGUGGCGACAUGUUCUCAUGCAGCAGCAGGCGGCGGCUAGGCAGCAGUUCCCGCAUCAUCACCAAGGUUUCAACAUGGGUUCAAUGAGCGGGGGCAUGACUCAGCAGAUGCAGUUGCAACAGGCGCGGUUACAGCAACAACAACUCAUGCAACAUCAGCAACAACAGAGAACAUCUAAUCAGCAACAGUCUCCGAUGUCACAUCUAAUUAUGCAACAGAAUCAAAUGAUGAAUGUGCAAGGACAGAUGCCAAAUAUACACAUGAGUCAGUCGCAAAGCAUGUCCAUGCAGCAAGGCGGCAUGUCGAGCAUGGGCGGCGGCAUGCACUCGCAGGGCAGCGCCAUGCCGCAGAGCAUGAUGCCGCAGAACGGCAUGCAGUCCAACCAUAGUUUCCCUUCGCUACACAAUUCGUCUUCCUUCACGGGACAAACUGCAGAGUUCAACCUGGACUUCCUCGACAAUAUGCCUUCCACGGACGCAAGCAACCUUACCGCACAGGAACUCCUCAACUCUUUAGACAAUUCCUUUUUGAAUGAUAUACUCUAAAAUGACCAAUCAAAUAAUUUUAUUUGAAGUCGAGAAACUCUCUUUUGAAUGGAUUGGAGGACAUUGAAACUGAAGUGCGACCAAUUCAUGUAACGACCAAAGUUAUCAAAGGAAUUUAACAUCAGAAUUUAAUGUGCUUAAAAGACAUUUAUAGUGUACCUAUCGUAAAUUUUUCCGAAGUUCUUUUGUAAAUAUUUUAUUGUAAUUUUAAGAUGUUUGUUCAAUAUUAUGAUAUCAGUGAGUGAUACGGUCUGUUCAAACCACAGACUGCGAGACUAUCAAGAAGCGAGUAGACUAAUGUAUAUUUAUUGCUGAUAUGAUAAGUUAUGGGAAGGAAUAAGAAAGCACAAAAGACAAUGAUCAACUAUUUUAAUUAUUUAAUAAUAUAUUCAAAGAAUUUGGCCAAUAAGUUAUUUUUUACUAUUUUAUGACUUAAUCUUCCAACUCAAUAGUUUGAAUGUAUUAAUUUUGUCUGGCCGUCCACUACAGCUCUGCGGGCAACCAUUUGGGACUUGUUAACUUUGUACUGUGACACGUUUUUGGUUUCAAUUUACUUUAUAGCAACAAAAAAAAAUAUAGUGAAAUCUUAAAAGCAAACCAAAAUUCUCUUUUUAGUAUCCGAUAGGCUGGUGACAUACAUACGUUGGAACUCUGAUUCAAAUUAUUUUGUAAGGCAGGAAACUUAUCCGAUAUCCAUAGAUUUGUAUGAAUUUAACUAUUUAUUGCGAUUUCGUAUGUAUAAUUCCGGUCUAAAAAGGUUGCUCGUAAGGUGAACUUCCGCCUGGGAAUGGCCAUUAACCAAUUUAGUUUCCUUUUAUUAUAGUUCAAAUGUUAUAUGUUUUAUAGUAACAUCAUUCCUGUACCUAAGAUAAAGUAGAUAAUACUGUGAUGUCGGUCUCAAUGGUCAAUAGGUAAUAUAGAAUCAAUUAUUAUAAAUAGAAAAUAAAUAGACUAUUGUUAUUGUUAAGGAUCUCAUGUAUCAUAUAGAUGGGUUCAGGGAUUCUGGAUAUGUAGAAUUGGUUUUGCUUCCAAUAUGGAAAAUGAUUAGUAAUAUUCCCGAAUGUAUUAUUCCCCCACCCAUAGUUUCCCUUAUGAUAAUGGGCUUCUAUUUACAACAAAAUUAUUGAAAUACAAAUUGGUUGUCAAACAACUGAAAAAAGCUUACUUUACGACAUUAAUUCUGAUGCAAAACAAAAAUUUAAAUUUUUAUCACCUAAAUUUGUGAUACGUGACUAACAAGAACAAAUUAACUGUAGCAAACAAUUUUUCUUAAAAUUUACUACGAUUGUGGAUAGCAGAGUACUUACAGUAAAGUGCGAUUUAUUAUAUUUAGUUGGGAUCAUGUAAGAGAUUUUAUAAAAAUAAUGUUCAGAAAUGCCAGAUCUUGUAAAGCAAGCUUUUUAAAGAUUUUGUAUUAAAAUUUAUUGAAAAUAUAUAUGUAUAUAGUAACAAAAGUAUACAUUACCAGCUCUCUGUUAAAAUAAUAGCUGUAAAACCAAUUGUGAAUGAUAGCGACAUUCCAGAGCCAUUGUUAACAAUGUUUUUAACUUUAGGACCAAUUUUUGAUCAUUCUUUUGAAAUAAUAUU